ACGAGACCGGUAAAGAGAAGCGGGGCCGGAGGCGGGGCCUCUUCGUCAUUAUUCAAGUUUCCGUGCCCGGCGCUUGGGAUGGCUGUGCCCGCCACGGAAGGGAGCCGCGUGCCCCUAUGGUAAGCAGGACGGCUGGUGUUGCAGACCAUGGACUCACUGAGGCUUGCAGAGGUGUGAAAAUGUCGAGCGGCAACCGGUCCCUGGUGGUGGACUUCAUCUCCUACAAGCUUGGGCAGAGGGGGCACAGCUGGCGCGAGAUCGAGGGCGACGGCGAGAGCCGGACGGAGCUGUCCGGCGAGAUGGGCAGCGUCCUGAACGGCGGGAGCCCGUCCUGGCACCCCAGCCCCAGCCCGGUGGUCAACGGGGCGGCGGGCCACUCGGAUCUCCUGGAAACCCUGGACCACGGCCCCCAGUUGGAUGUGAGGCAGACGCUGCGGGAAGCCGGGGACGAGUUCGAACUGCGCUACCGGCGGGCUUUUAGCGACCUGACCUCGCAGCUCCACAUCACCCCCGGCACGGCUUACCAGAGCUUCGAGCAGGUGGUGAACGAACUUUUCCGCGAUGGGGUGAACUGGGGCAGGAUUGUGGCCUUUUUCUCCUUCGGCGGGGCGCUGUGCGUGGAAAGCGUCGACAAGGAAAUGCGAGGCUUGGUGGAGCGGAUCGCCACCUGGAUGGCCACGUACCUGACCGAACACCUGGACCCCUGGAUCCAAGACAACGGAGGCUGG